AUGAGCGCCCCUCAAUUGGACGAACUGCAAUGGAAAUCACCAGAAUGGAUUCAGUCUUUUGGCCUUAGAACCGAUAAUGUGCUAGACUAUUUUGCCGAGUCUCCGUUUUUUGACAGGACUUCUAACAACCAAGUUGCGAAAAUGCAACAGCAGUUCGUUCAACCUCGAACUGCCGAGCGAGGAGGACCCGCUCUUGAUAUACAGGAUCCGGAUCCGCACAGAAGAUUCAUUUUGUCUACAUAUAUGGUUCAUGCUCUAUGGGAAACCGAGCUGCGCAAGUUGAAAGGAGUGGAAUACAUUUUGGCCUACGUACGAGAACCUGAUUUUUGGAUUAUCAGAAAGCAAAAUAGGACAGGCCCAAACGAGGUAAGUGCUCUUCAAGAGUACUUUAUAAUAGGUGCCAAUGUCUAUCAAUCACCAACGGUCUUCAAAAUCAUUCAGAGCCGAUUGUUGGCGUCAAAUUUACAUUUAUCGAAAGCACUUUCGAGUUUGCGACGCAUGAGUCACUUCCAGCCUUCUCAAGGGGGUGGUUUUGUUAAAACAGCCUAUCAAAAUGUUCCCUCACUGUCUCAACAAUCGACUACGAUAGCUAGUACUGCUAGUGGUACUAAUUCGGCCGCCAACACGGGGCCUGCUACCGCAAAUGGUCAAUCAAGUCUCACGGGUUCUGUCGAUCCUAUAAAUUCUAUAGGCUCCCACACCAAUACUAUCAACGAGGCACUCAUGGACAAGCUGUUAGCCACAAGCAUGAAGUCGAGUCCUGUGUACUUGUAG